AAGGACUCUGUCUGAUUGCAUAAGCUACCUACCCAGCCAUCUGCUUGCGUUUGUUUUAAACAUUUUGUUCGGUUAAUAUUAUUAUUUUUCAAACUACAUUGAUAUGAUAUAAACAGCGCGUGUCACUGUUGUGCUGUGUGGAGCACCGAUCAGCCACAGAUUGUCAUAAUGCUGGCCCGCAAAGGCCUUUUGGCUGAUGGUUUCCUGUUGACACGACUCGCUGAGGAUGCCGCACAACCCAGUCACAUCCGGCCGAAGUCACAGAGGGCACGUUUCAUCACCAAGAGCGGGUCGUGUAAUGUUGCCCACAAGAAUAUACGAGAACAGGGCCGGUUUCUCCAAGAUGUUUUCACCACCAUGGUGGACCUGAAAUGGCAGCAUUCCCUGCUCAUCUUCACUUCGGCAUUCCUGUGCUCCUGGAUGCUCUUUGCCAUGGUGUGGUGGCUUUUAGCAUUCGCUCAUGGCGAUCUGGAGCCUCGAGAUCCCAAUGAGCCUGGACCUGUGCCAUGUGUCACUUCCAUUCACUCCUUCACGUCUGCUUUUCUGUUCUCCAUUGAGGUGCAGGUGACUAUUGGUUUCGGAGGACGAAUGGUGACGGAGGAAUGUCCAUUGGCCAUCAUAGUCCUCAUUAUCCAGAACAUUCUGGGCCUGAUCAUCAACGCCAUCAUGCUGGGCUGUGUGUUCAUGAAGACAGCUCAAGCCAACCGAAGAGCAGAGACCCUCAUCUUCUCCCGUAACGCAGUCAUUGCCCCGAGGAAUGGCCGACCAACAUUCAUGUUCCGUGUUGGGGAUCUGAGGAAGAGCAUGAUCAUCUCAGCCACAAUACAGCUUCAGGUGAUUCGGCGUACAGUAACUGCGGAGGGUGAGGUGAUUCCUGUCUGUCAGCUCGAUAUCCAGGUGGAAAAUCCUCUCAGGAGCAAUGGUAUAUUCCUCGUCUCUCCACUUAUAAUCAGUCACACCAUUGACAGAGGAAGUCCGCUGUACGAGGUCUCAGCGCAGUCACUGGCUACGGAAGACCUGGAGAUCAUUGUCAUCUUGGAAGGUGUUGUGGAGACCACCGGCAUCACCAUGCAGGCCCGCACAUCCUACACGCCAGAGGAGAUCUUUUGGGGUCGGCGUUUCGUCUCCAUUAUGACGGAGGAGGAUGGGCGCUACUCAAUCGACUACUCCAAAUUUGGAAACACUGUUCCCGUCCGGAUGGCGGCACUCAGCGCUAAGGAGCUGGACCAGACCAGGGGUGUGCAGGACAGCGGACCCCAUGAGGGUAAACCUCAGGGCUGGGGGCUGGUGAGGGCGGGACGGGGCGGGUACAGGAGGGGCGGCGGCCGGGCCUGCGAUGACACAGCAGUCAAGCCUUGGUACGUGCCAGCGGAGAAGGAGGAGGAGAAGAAGGGGCAAAAGAAAAGGGUGAAACUUGAGGAAAUAGGCAGAGAGAUUGAAGAAGAAACAGUGGAGGACAUGAGCGAUUAGAACAAAAACAUUUAUUUGGUUUUUCAGGUAUGGAAGUAGAAAUAACCUAGAAGUUAUUGUUAACUAGUUCACUUAAAGUUAUAGUUUACCUAAAAAUGAAAAUUCUGUCAUCAUUUACUCAACCUCAUGGUGUUCCAAACUCAAAAGACUAGUUAAAUAUUCACCAAACGUAAACCGUUUGAUUCUUAUGGAUUUGAUUUGUAGCAUCUUUAUAACCUUUUUGGAUCUUCUAAGUUCUGGUUACCUGGACAGAAAUCUUUCAAGUUUCAUUCAGAAUAAUGACCAAAGUCUAAUGGGUUUGGAACAACAUCAGGGUGAGGAAAUUAUGACACAAUUUCCUUUCCUUUUUUUUUUUUUUGGAGAACUAUCCCUUUAAUAUUCAAGAAUAUUAUAAAUAAUAGUCUCAGAUAUGUUUUAUACUACACAUGUUUUGUAAAACUAAAACAUGGACAACUGUAGCAUUGCUAACAAAUACCUCUGAGAAUUUCUUGUCCUUUCCUGCCAGCAAUAUAAUGAAUUUUAGGAUUGUUUUAAACAGAGAAAUAAGAUCUAUUGACAGCACUAGUCAAGAUA